UUGGCUGAUCUCAUCUGGGGGUGUCUGGGACUCCCUAAAUCAUGACCCCUCGAAAACAAAGGUACUUACAUACUUACAUACAUAUGUCUAGUCACUGCAAAUACACAUGCAUACACUCAUACACUCUAUAGAAACACGAAAUAUACAUGGACAGCUGAUUUUAAACUUGGCUUGGAACUUGGAACCAGUGACUACAAUCACUGUUGGAACUGAGGAAUACGAGAAACAGAAAUAUAAUGGCGGAUACAAAGUAAACUGUCAAAGUAUGGUGUAUUAUACUGCCGUUUUAAUACAUAAGUUAUCGAACAUAAUUUGUCGACGAUUAAAUGAAGAGAGAAUGAAUAUGCCUUGAGUACAUGAAACUAUUCGAUUAGUAAUGCAAUUGCUGUAACUUGUGUGUGUGUAUAUAUAUAAUUGAAAGUGCAGAUUUCUUGUGUUAAUUGUAUAUAAGUAAAUAUAUCAUUUAACAUCUCCCAAAAUUGCUUUUACUUUACAAUGAUGAACAAUCGGAGACGGACAAACAAUUUUACUUAUGUUAGUUCAUGUGUAAAAUACAUGAUAUUUCUGCUCAAUUUUAUUUUUUGGUUGUUUGGUGGUCUUCUAAUUGGAGUGGGUUUAUAUGCAUUUGUGGACAAGUGGCAAGCAACUGGUUCAGUUAGAGUGGAGAAUGUAUACGAUGUAGUGCUAAAUAUUUCACUUGUAAUGGUUAUAGCAGGAGGAGUAGUCUUUGUUGUCAGUUUCGCAGGAUGUGUUGGAGCAUUGCGUGAAAAUACAUGUCUUCUCAAGUUUUAUUCAUUGUGUUUACUGGUGUUCUUUCUUCUUGAAAUGGGUAUAGCAAUUGUUGGAUUUGUAUUCCCACAUACACUGCAAUCGCUAUUGGAAGAAUCGUUUACAGAUAAAAUCAUACAGACGUAUCGUGAGGAUCCUGAUUUACAAAAUUUUAUUGAUUUUGGACAACAAGAAUUUAGAUGUUGUGGUUUAAGUCAAGAAGGUUAUUUGGACUGGGGAAAAAAUGAAUACUUUAACUGCUCCAGUCCAAGCGUAGAACGCUGUGGUGUACCAUUUUCUUGUUGUAUUAAUGCUACAGACAUAUCGAGUGGUCUUGUGAAUAUAAUGUGUGGUUAUAAGGUACAAAUGUUACCAGUGUCUGAAGCAGGCAAGAAAGUGUGGACUAGUGGUUGCAUUGAAAUUGUGAGAAGUUGGGCAGAACGUAACUUGUAUACAAUAGCUGGUAUCGCUUUGGGUAUAGCUCUUAGCCAAUUAUUUGUCAUUUAUCUUGCAAAAACGUUAGAAGGUCAAAUUGAAUUGCAAAAGUCUCGCUGGCAUUCCUGAGCUUGACUUCAGGCCACCUACCGCUACCAGAUACAUUCCCCUAAUAGCAGGCAGGUGGCCAGUGGCCGAACGAGAGGCCAGGAUACAGAAACAAAUUUAAAUGUUCGUAUGACAUUACUUGUUGUCUUCGCGAUCUCUGUAUACAUACUUUGCAUCCUUUCUUUAAUUAGAUGCGUUCUUUACUUCAAAAAUUAUUUUCAUUUAUAUUUAGACAAAGGUUAGUUUUUAUUUCCUUUCAUGCAUGACACUAUUUUUGUAAUUAUUGCCGCUUUUUGUUUCCAAUCUAUUAUACAUUGGCAUCGACAAAUUUUGUCGUUAUUAAUAUAGGUACUCGUCUAUUUUCUUUUUUAAAUUGUACACAAUUCACUAACUUCAGAGGAAGUAUUGAAAAUUAGAUAUUGUUCAAUCCUUAUGAUUAAUUAUACAUCAAUUUAAUUGCACAAACUACUUGCAUAUAAGGAAACAAAUUUUUGAUUUGAUAUUAUCAGUUAGAUAUAUAUAAUGAUAAAUAUAUAUUCUGGAUAAAUUGAUUCUGUAAUAAUAUACAAUGUUUUCAUAUUUAUAAUUCGUUUAGAAAAUAUGUACUUGUAUAAUAUUAAAUUUCAUAUGCUGGCAGUUUUGCAUAAGAAUUUUGAAGACGUCAUUCGCACAGUGUAUGUAAUAGUACUAUAAGUAUUAAGAAAUUUAAGCCUUUAAAUGUCCUACAAAAGACUUAUAACAGCAUUAAAAUAAUUUUUGGAGUAGCUAUGAACUGUCAGAGGUUAGUACUUUUUUACAUCAAUAUUUUCUGUUUUCAGUAUAUUUAUUAUACAAACAUUUCAAUAUGUUGUGUAUUAUUUUCUUAUUUAAGUAAUAAGAAUUUCUUCUUAUUAUGUAUUAAAAUAACAAUUAUUUGACAUAUGAAAAUAAAUAACCGUAUAAUUAAAACGCGCACAUUUCUGGAAUAGUUUAACUUGGAAUCUCUUUUGCUAUGUAUUUAUUUUAUUUAGUAUUUGUACAAUGAUACUAUAAAAAUGUCAAUAGGCAUAUAGUUAUUUACGAAUCUAUAUUGUUAAUUACUUUAUGUUAUAUUAGUGUAACUCGAGUACACAAGAUGAAAAAACGUCCAGUGCCAAAGCCGAAAUAUCAUUUUUAUUUGGGAAAAACCUGACAAUAAUCUGGUAUAAAUUAUUUGUUUAUUAAGUGCAUAUAUAAUGCAUCUGCGGAUCUUUUUAUCAAGAGUAAAUGUAAAACUAACAUAUGAAACUAUCUAGUUUGUAAUAAACAAAUAUUAUUCUAAAAAUGUGUUCUUACAGCUAUCAAUAAAUUAUACAUAUACAAUA